GGCAAGCCCGGGAGGACGGGACGGCUUUCGUUGCCUCGGCCGUUGCAUCCGUGAGGGAGUAGUGUCGGCGCCCCACUGGCCCCCAAGCCCGCUGACCGCCCAAAAGGCUCGUGUGCUCUCCCGAACUCGCCAGCCGCUCGCCGCUUGCCCUGCAGGCCGUGCCUCCUGCAUCAUGUGCGGUAUAUUUGCUUACUUAAACUACCAUGUUCCUCGCACGAGACGAGAAAUUUUGGAGACCCUAAUCAAAGGCCUUCAGAGACUGGAGUACAGAGGAUAUGAUUCUGCUGGUGUGGGGAUUGAUGGAGGUAAUGACAAAGACUGGGAAGCCAAUGCCUGCAAAAUCCAGCUCAUUAAGAAGAAAGGAAAAGUUAAGGCGCUGGAUGAAGAAGUUCACAAACAACAAGAUAUGGAUUUGGAUAUAGAAUUUGAUGUACACCUUGGGAUAGCUCAUACCCGUUGGGCCACGCAUGGCGAACCCAGUCCUGUCAAUAGCCAUCCCCAGCGCUCUGAUAAAAAUAAUGAAUUUAUUGUUAUUCACAAUGGAAUCAUCACCAACUACAAAGACUUGAAAAAGUUUUUGGAAAGCAAAGGCUAUGACUUUGAAUCUGAAACAGACACAGAGACAAUUGCCAAGCUUGUUAAGUACAUGUAUGACAAUCGGGAAAGUCAAGAUACAAGUUUUACUACCUUGGUGGAGAGAGUCAUCCAACAAUUGGAAGGUGCUUUUGCACUUGUAUUUAAAAGUGUUCAUUUUCCUGGCCAAGCAGUAGGCACAAGACGAGGUAGCCCUUUGUUGAUUGGUGUACGAAGUGAACAUAAACUAUCUACUGAUCACAUUCCAAUCCUCUACAGAACAGCUAGGACUCAGAUUGGAUCAAAAUUCACAUGGUGGGGAUCACAGGGAGAAAGAGGCAAAGAUAAAAAAGGAAGCUGUAAUCUCUCUCGUGUGGACAGCACAACUUGCCUUUUCCCCGUUGAAGAAAAAGCAGUGGAGUAUUACUUUGCUUCUGAUGCAAGUGCUGUCAUAGAACACACCAAUCGUGUCAUCUUUCUCGAGGAUGAUGAUGUCGCUGCAGUGGUGGAUGGCCGUCUUUCUAUCCAUCGAAUUAAACGGACUGCGGGAGAUCACCCUGGACGAGCUGUGCAGACCCUCCAGAUGGAACUCCAGCAGAUCAUGAAGGGCAACUUCAGUUCAUUUAUGCAGAAGGAAAUUUUUGAGCAGCCAGAGUCAGUUGUGAACACAAUGAGAGGAAGAGUCAACUUUGAUGACUAUACUGUGAAUUUGGGCGGAUUGAAGGAUCACAUUAAGGAGAUCCAGAGGUGUCGGCGUUUGAUUCUUAUCGCUUGUGGAACAAGUUAUCAUGCCGGUGUAGCAACACGUCAAGUUCUUGAAGAGCUGACUGAGUUGCCUGUUAUGGUGGAGCUAGCCAGUGAUUUCCUGGAUAGAAACACCCCAGUUUUUCGAGAUGAUGUUUGCUUUUUCAUUAGUCAGUCAGGCGAGACAGCAGAUACCCUGAUGGGUCUUCGGUACUGCAAGGAGAGAGGAGCUUUAACUGUCGGGAUCACAAACACGGUUGGCAGUUCCAUAUCAAGAGAGACAGACUGUGGAGUUCACAUCAAUGCUGGGCCCGAGAUUGGGGUUGCCAGCACAAAGGCAUACACAAGCCAGUUUGUAUCCCUUGUGAUGUUUGCUCUUAUGAUGUGUGAUGACAGGAUCUCCAUGCAAGAGAGACGCAAAGAGAUCAUGCUUGGAUUGAAGCGGCUGCCUGAUUUAAUUAAGGAAGUUUUGAGCAUGGAUGAUGAAAUUCAGAAACUGGCAACAGAACUUUAUCACCAGAAGUCAGUCUUGAUAAUGGGACGUGGCUAUCAUUAUGCUACUUGUCUUGAAGGGGCCCUGAAAAUCAAAGAAAUCACUUACAUGCACUCUGAAGGUAUCCUUGCUGGUGAGUUGAAACACGGCCCUCUAGCUUUGGUGGAUAAGUUGAUGCCUGUCAUCAUGAUCAUCAUGAGAGAUCACACCUAUGCCAAGUGUCAGAAUGCUCUUCAGCAGGUGGUUGCUAGGCAGGGACGGCCAGUGGUGAUCUGUGAUAAGGAAGACACUGAGACCAUUAAGAACACAAAAAGAACAAUCAAGGUGCCACACUCAGUGGACUGCCUGCAGGGCAUUCUCAGCGUGAUCCCCUUACAGUUGCUGGCCUUCCACCUGGCUGUGCUGAGAGGCUAUGAUGUUGAUUUCCCGCGGAAUCUAGCCAAAUCUGUAACCGUAGAAUAAGGAACAUCUGAAACUGGGCAAUUAAGCAACACAAGACACCUUUUGUAUUUAAAACCUUGAUUUAAAAUAUCACCCCCUAAGCCUUUUCUAGUAAAUCCUUAUUUAUAUAUCAGUUAUAAUUAUUCCACUCAAUUUGUGUUUUUUGUGAAAUUACCUCAUAUUUUCCCAGUAAUUUGUGAGGGAGUUUGAAUAAUGGAAUCUAUAUUGGUAUUGGUGUCAGAAAGAGAUUUAGCUCUCAUUUUCAUUAAAGGAUGCUGAGUGUUGGAUUUCCGGGCCCUCCACUUCAAUCUGAGAGGCAGCCAAUGAAAGAGUAGUGCAUUUAAUUGGAAUAUUUAAAGCCAACAGCAAUGCACUUGGACAUUUAAUUCAGUUAUAAAGAGAAGAUGCUGUGAUUUAUUUUGAAAUUUGUUUUGUUAUUUUGUUUUUAAAUCAAACUGUAAAACUUAAAAACUGAAAACUUUUCUUUGUGGGAUUUCUAAGUUGUUAACCUUAGUCUCUCAAACUUAUUGCCUGUUACCUGUAUGUCAAGGUAUCUUAGGAAGAUAAAUAGUAUAGUAGUGCGUUGGUUUUCUCCAGCCCUUGAUAGAAAAUACUUGCACAAUUUCAUAGCACAAACUUUAAAUUUGAGCUGCUUUGUACAAUUGACAAUAUGAUUUUAAGUUUGAAGAUGGGAUACGUGCAUGUUGUAUAUCCUACUCCUUGUUUUUUCAUCUCCUGAAAGUGGUUUUUAAUUUCCUCGUAUCUGUAGUUUUUUUUUUAAUUACUGCUGAAUGACAUUUUAUCUUAUUCUUUGAAAUCACCACACAGAGUUGCUAUCAAUGUCUCAAAUUAAUACCAAUAUAUUCAGAAUUCUCUUCAACUUUGUCCCAGAGAAGAAUUACCAGCAGUUAAUUUUAACUUCUCUCACUGCCUUGUUGCAUCAAACUAGUAGUACCUUUGUGCCAAUUUGGAAGCUCCUUGCAGUUGUUUGGAAGAUUUACAAGUCUUUUGACGAAUCAUUUGACUCUAAAUGUAUACGAUGGGCUAGAAUUAGAAAAAGCUAUAUGCUUUACACUGAUAUUAAUGAAGGAUUAUAUAAAAUUUAGUAUUACUUUCUAGGUAUUUUUCUCUCUGUAUAUUCUGUUCUACCCCUGAAAAAUAUUUAGGAAUGAAGAAGAUAUAAAUAAUACUGAGGUGCCUUCAGCUAGCUAGUGUCAGAAAUGGAAACUUACAAUUUAGAUUAAAAAAUUUAAAGUAGAAUAUUAGCUUGACACCCAAAAAUUGUAAUAAUUUCUUCACGGAGCUUUUUUGGCCACACCUUGGGCGUUACAGGAUAGUGUGUUUAUGUUUUGGUUCAGUCCUUCUCUUUCAAAAGUUUUCACUUUUAAAUUGUGAAGGUAAGAUAUUUAGUAUAAUUAAGUAAGCUCAGUCUUUUCCUUUUUCUGUGUUUGAACUUCUUGAUGAGGUUACGAUUUUCUAGUAGCUAUUGGAAGAGAAGCAUAGAAUUCUGCCUUGUGUUAGGGUUAGACAAAGAAUUGGCAUAUUUUGAGGUAAUUCAGAAGGACUCUUAGAUUAAGACUAGAAACCUGUUUUUAAAAUGAAAUAGGAUUACUGUUCACAUUUAUAUAGCUACUAUAGCUAUAUUUAUCUUAUUUUAAUUGUUUCUAAUAUUAUUUUGUGUAGGCCUGCUAGUUUUAGUAUGUGUGUAGUGUCAUUCUUACAUUAUAUUAGCAUUUUAUGUACAUGAUUUAUAUGGAUUUGUAGCAUUUCCAAAGUUCAAAUUAGCUUUCUAAGGGAAACUGAUAUGUGAAAUCAAUCAUUAAUUUUCAGUCUCUGUUUCCUCUCCCUCUGUGUGUGUGCGUGUUUGGUGUGUCUAUCUUUCUCUAGCUCUCAAACACACACAUAUACACUUCAGGCUAGGGCAAGUUCUAAACCGAAUCUCAAAAACCAAUAGUGAGAAAAAAAAAAGUGAUAUUUUCCAAACAAACGUGGCUUCCAUUCCCUACCCCUUCUUCUUGCUCUCUACCCUGUUUAGUGUAGUGAUUUGUAGAUGCUUUUAUGAAUUAUGAACACAAAAAAUACUGUAAUGAGGCAAACUGCUAAUAAGUGUGGAUGCUCAGUUAAAACCAGUAUAAUACAGGAUAAGAAAAUCUGAUUUUUCAGGAAAGAUAUUCUACAAAAGGAGUCCUUUCUGUAAAAAAUUCUUUCUUGUAGUACAUUUAAAAUUUAAAUUCACUCAUGUAUAACUUAGAGUUCCUUACCACAGGUCAUGAGCCCUUUGUAGGCCAGAGGUCAUGUUAGCAUCUAACACAUGGCCAAGUACAUGAUUGUAACUUUGGCAUCAGUCAGCUUUUCUGUCUUUUUAAAUCACCUAUGCCAUAGGAAUAGAUGGUAGGAGGAAAAUUAAUGUUAACUGUUUUUAGCUUGUUAUAACUCUGUCAACACCCUAUUAUGGGAAAGUCACUGUACUAGAAACUGAAAAACACAUCCUGUUUAAAGCAAAGUCCACUUGUCCCCAGAUGGACUCAUCACUCAUGGAGACUAGGAUCAUUGGAAGGCACAGGGUGAGAGAGUGGAAAAAUGAAGUUGAGCUGUUAAAUGUUGUGAGUGGAUUUGUUCACUUAAAUCAUGGUCCAAGUUUUGGUGCGUAUCAUGUUCCUAAGAGGUGAAGUGCAUUUUGUAGAGUAAGCUGUUAUAACAGGCUGUAGAUCCAUGUGUCUGUGGUACUCUAAGGAACAGCAGUCAUUAGAUGCAAAGGUGAGAACAGCCAAGCAUCACAACUAAAAGGGAACUGACACAGUGUGAUGUGCAGAUGGGGCUGUUAGAGUGCUAAUAAAGAUUUUCUCUCUUAGGUUCUUAGGAAAUUGUUUCUGAGAUGACAUUGUCUUAUCCUUUUGCAUACAGGUCUCUUGACCUGAGUUAAUUAUGAGGAUGAGAGGAAAAGAACCCCUUUUUAGCUCCUUGGUAGUAUUCCUUUGACACAUUUCUAUAACUCUUCAAAGAAGGAAAACCAGCUGAAAUGUUUGCUUUAACAAACAUAUUUUAAGAAGUCCUUUGGGGUCAGUUUCCUCUCUUUUUUUUUUUCAAUUAGGAUAUAUACUAUAGCAAUAAAAGGGAACGACUAAUGUUAAUUACUUAUUGUAUGCUACAACUUAAGUGAUUUUUCUAAAAAGCACAAUGUCGUUGAAAAUGUUUAUUUAAAAAGAAUUCAGAGCUCGCAUUGAAUUUGUGAAGGCCAAAGAAAUUGAAGGGAAUGGUAAAGAAAGAUAAAGAAGUCUUAUAUCCACAUAUUUAGUAGAUGUUGUAUACCAGAAUACCAGGUGGUGUUUUACCUGCGAAAACAUAUUUCAGAUUACCUUCUUUGUUUUUAGUGUUAGAGCCUCAGGUUUAAAAGUUUUAACAAUUAAAUCAUUUUUCCCCACAAUAUUUAAAGAUUGUUAAUCUAUCAGUAUUUCCCUAGCUUGAUGAAUUUAACUGUAUCUUUAGAUCUGUGACAUGAUAACCAGUAGGAAUGAUAAUAUUAGCUUUGAACCAGUAGUAUCCAGGGUUAAAAUAAAGAUCAUAGUUAACUAGCAAAACUGUAAAGUUAUGCCAUAUUAACUUGUGAGUCUGUAAUAACUUGAUAUCAAUGUUAUGGAAUAUGCCAUAAAUAAUGGCUAACAAGAACUUCUUAGGAAAUUCUCAAAUUACCUUUCUUACUACACUAGUUUUCAGAAUGAAUAUAGAAGUGAUCCUGUUAGCUUUUUAAAACUGUUCUGCAGUUAAUUUUUAUUUUUUGCUUAAAUAAAACUUUCAGUAUUUGUUUAAAUUAUAUUUCUUGCAAGCUAGAAAUUUUAGAAUCAUCCUGCCUUUGUUUCAGUUUUCUGUUCUUCAAGAUGAAUGUUUAGUUUACUGAGCCAGUUGGUCAUUUCUUCCUCAUGUCUUCUGAGUCCAGUGACUAUAAUUCUGAACUGUGAAUAAGUUACCAAAAACUUGCUGAGAAUUGCAUUUUGAAGCAAUUUGCCAAUGUUUGAAGUGUAUACAUGUUUGUCAUUGUGUUAAAGAUUGUAUUGUACUAAGAAUGUAGCCAAUGUUUACUUUAGUUGUUGGUAAACAUUUUUGAUGCUAAAAGUUUAUUCAUUACUGUUGCUUUUAAAAAGAAGAAAUAUUACAUAAAUAUAUUUAAAAGUCACGUCUUCACUCCAACUUCCCAAUUAUUUUAAAAAGGAUUAUUAGAUAAAACAAAGGCUCUACUUUUUCUGAUGUUAUACUCUGUAAAUAUUAUACUUUCUCAAGUCUUUUAGAACUUUUUGUGACACUAUGUUGUUUCUAGCAAAUUUACAGGGUAUAUGCAGUGAUCAACAACUUUGUUUAAGUGAAUUGAUAGUUGCAAAAGAAGGAUAUUUAAGAUGGGUGAAUAGCAAGUACAGCAUAUACUCCAAAUCUAAAGUUUCUGUAGUAUCUGGCAAUCUCUUAAUUAUUGAACAAAGAGUCCUUUUACAGGAUCCUUUUAUAAACAGCAAGCUAAAGUCUCUAUCCCUAGUGCUUACAGCACUUGCUGUGUUUUGCAGGAGACAGAGUUAUGCCAGGGUGGUUUGAAUGAAUAGAUGCGCUGUGUUGCCUUCCCGUAGAAUUGAGCCCAAUCUCUCAUCUCUCUUUCACUCUGUGUUGCUCUGCAGCAAAGCCCAGAUCCACACCAGCAUGGAUCAUUUUUUCCACAGGCCACAUUUUUUAACAUAAAAUUUAGCUUUACUCCUAGUGAAAGGUUUUCUUUAAAUUCUCUUCAGUUCACUAUCAGUAAGUAUUUACCAAGUGCAUAUUAAAGGCCAAGAAAUAAUCUCCCUAAAAAUUAAGAGGCCACUUUUCACUGAAGUGGAUUUGAGGAAAAAUAAGUUCUUUAAUUUUUUGGAUGAAGGAAAGAAGGCCUUAAGUUUCUCCCAUUAAUCUGAGGUUAAAAUGUUCUAUCUAAUUUUAAAAAAUGAUGUAGAAGCUUUAUUAGUUUAACAAGCAUCCUGGAGAUAAAAAGUAAUCUUGUAGGGCUUCCCUGGUGGCGCAGUGGUUGAGAGUCCGCCUGCCGAUGCAGGGGACACGGGUUCGUGCCCCGGUCCAGGAAGAUCCCACAUGCCGCGGAGCGGCUGGGCCCAUGAGCCAUGGCCGCUGAGCCUGUGCGUCUGGAGCCUGUGCUCCACGAUGGGAGAGGCCACAACAGUGAGAGGCCCGCGUACCGCAAAAAAAAAAAAAAAAAAAAAAAGUAAUCUUGUAAUAAUAUACAGAGAAGUUGCCGGGUUAUAGGUCAUUUAACCAGCUGACCCCUUCCCAGGAAGUAUAUAUGUAAUAAGAUAAAUUUAUUAUUCUCUUUUUGGUUAGCAUGUACACAAGAGAUUAUUUCCAAGGUUGAAAAGACAUAUUGGUGAACUUCAUAUUAACAUGAUUCAUUGACUCAAAGCGCCACGGUUCACACAUGUAUUUUCUUAUAGAGAAUGCUGUUAUGUAGCCAUAUUUCCUUUUCCAUAUUUCAAAAAAUUUUUGAUAUGAAGUAUGGAUGUGUAAUUGAAAAUAUGGAAUAAAAAACAGAGCUUGUAAACAAUUGGAGAAGUGCUCUCUGGAUAGAAUUAUAGUUAUUUCCUUCCCAUUCAUUUAUCAAUCUACCUUUGUAUAUGUUUAUAUAAAAUUAAAAAGACUUUACGCCUGUUAGAAUGAAAGCAGUUGGCAUGUUUUCAUAUGCUCUUAACUUCUGCAGUUUAGCGACCGAUUGCAUUAUUUCCAACAAUGCGAAUAAGGUACAUUGUGGAACUCACAGCUAUUGCACACCCAGGGGAUCUUUAGAGGUUAAUUUUUGCCUCCAUCACUUAGCUCUGUAUGCUUUGAAAUGGAGAUAAAUAUGGUGAGGUCUUAGAAGGAAAAUGGCCAGAAUUCCCAAAGCCUGGAAUAUGGGUAAAUACUCAUUGAGAGUUCUAGAUGCACUAUACCUAAAAGGCAAAGGAUCACUUGUUCUUAACUAAUAUAUUCUUAAUUUGUGAGACCCAAAGGUUGAUAGCUGUUAGUUUUAGAUUGUCGUGCAAUAGCCAGGGUGCAAAGGUCUAGAUGUGUCAGGAUCACUACAGUUUGUUUCUGCCAACGGCCCCUUUCAGGUGACACUGUUGUUGGCAUUAAGAAAAGCCAGUGUGGCAUCAGUCAAGGAUGUUUUACUAUGGCAAGUUCAAUGUGAGAUGGACUCGUUAGAAAGCUUUGUCUUCAAAUAAUGCCCCUAACUGGGAUGGAAAAUAGUCUGAGACGAUAAAGACUUUCAGUUUCUAGGUAAUCGAAAUUGCAUUAAAUUCAGGUUUCUUUCUGUUAGAUUUGAAUGUAUCUAGCCGGUGUGAUUUACGGGGGCUUUUGGUUGUUGUUGUUUUUUCCUAUUUACUUUGUACAUAGAGUUGUUUUGAAAUAUUGAGCACAUUUGCUUUGAAUUUUAUCUCUUGCUUUCUGUUUUGUAUUUGU